AUGGACGAGUCGUCGUUGCUGGACUUGUUGGAGUGCUCCGUGUGCCUGGAGCGCCUGGACACGACGGCCAAGGUGCUCCCCUGCCAGCACACCUUCUGCCGCCGCUGCCUGGAGAGCAUUGUCAGCUCCCGCCACGAGCUGCGCUGCCCCGAGUGCCGCAUCCUGGUGGGCUGCGGCGUCGACGAGCUGCCCGCCAACAUCCUGCUCGUUCGCCUGCUGGACGGCAUUCGGCAGAGACCCCGCGCUGGCGCUGGCAGCGGCUGCUGCGGGGGCGGCAACUGCGGCCCCGGCAGCCCCAAAUCCCCGAGCAAGGCUGGCCUGUCAGGCGGCGACAGCGGGGACAACCCUACCGCCGCUGGAGCAGGAGGUGGAGGAAACGGCGUGGUCCCCCCUGUUAAGACUGGUUGUCAAUCCGCGGCCGUGGCCACCACGUCCAGCGGCUCCCCGAGUGUGGCCGCUGCAGCUGCUUCAGCCGCCGCCAGUCUGCGGGAACUCGCCGCUGCCAGCCGGAGCGCCUUGCUUAAGAUAGCAGAUACAGAUACUAAGAUCAGCCAUCAGCUUUAUAACCUUUCAUUCUUUGUUUCACAAAAGCAGGAAGGCUAUUCAAAAGCUUUAGAUUGUGAUGAAUAA